AUGAAGACCUUGCAUAUUUUGGCAAUUGUUUUAUUAGCAGCCGCUAUUUCGGCUUUUCCUGUGGAAGAGGGUCGCGAGAAUGGCGAGAAUGGCUGGUAUAUCCCACAAGUGGAUGAAUCAUUCGUCUGGAUGACCAUUGAAGAGGGCGAGAAUGCAAUUGCGGAGCGUGAGAAACAGGACACAUUAGAAGGCCGUCUCAAUUUAGUGCCCGUCAACUAUUAUCUGUAUACGCAAAAAAAUCCAACUACUGCACAGAAAAUUACAGUCACCGCUGAAACUGUUUUGAACUCGAACUUCAAUGCCAGCAAUCCCACUAAAUUUUUAAUUCAUGGUUGGCUUCAGAGUUACAAAGCCGAUAUGAACAAGAAUAUUCGUGAUGCUUGGUUAAGUAAUGGUGACUACAACAUCAUUGUGGUGGAUUGGGCACGCGCUCGUUCCAUCGACUAUAUAUCCAGUGUAGUGGCUGUACCCAAAGUGGGCAAAAAGAUCGCCGACAUGAUUGAGUCUUUGGUGGAGAAUCACGGUCUCUCCCUGACUGAUACCGAGGUGAUAGGUCACAGUUUGGGUGCUCAAGCUGCUGGAUUUACAGGCAAAAAUGUUGCUUCUGGUAAAUUGCAUGCCAUUGUUGGAUUGGACCCCGCGCUGCCACUCUACAGCUACAAUAAGCCCAACAAACGUCUCAACAGCGAUGAUGCUACAUACGUUGAAUCCAUCCAGACUGAUGGUGGACAACUGGGAUUCCUGAAACCAAUUGGUAAAGGUGCCUUCUACCCGAAUGGUGGCAAAAAGCAACCCGGUUGUGGUCUGGAUUUGACUGGUGCCUGCAGCCAUGCUCGCUCUUGCGUCUAUUACGCCGAAGCUGUGAAAGCCGAUAAUUUCCCAAGCAUGCGUUGUGGUGACUAUCAAGAGGCCGUAAGUAAGAGUUGUGGUGCGUCAUACAGUAGUGUGAAAAUGGGUGCUGUUACGAACGCUUAUAUGGUGGCUGGAGAUUUCUAUGUACCCGUACGCAGCACUGCUCCCUAUGGCUACGGAUCUGAUUAA